AUGAGUUUUGAAACGGUAUUGAUUACGGGCGCCAAUCGUGGCAUUGGUCUGGAGUUAGUUCGCCAACUGUUGGCCACCUCUGGCCGUCACAACGUAAACAACAACUCGACUACACGUGUGAUCGCAACGACACGACAGGCCACUAACGCGGCGUUGGAUGAGCUCCGGGACCGACACUCAAACUUACAUGUCCUACAACUGGAGGGUAAAAACUACGACUCGUACCCGGCGUUUGUCAAACGUGUGGAGACCAUCGUUGGUGACGACGGGUUGGAUACCCUGAUCAAUAACGCCGGCGUCUGUACUAUUCAGAAGCUGAACAAGAUCAAUGAUGUGGCCAUGGUGAAUGACUUUGAAGUGAAUUCGGUGGCCCCCCUCAUGCUUACCAAAGCCCUGUUGCCAUUGCUUAAGUUGUCGGCGAAUACGCGUAAGACUAUUGUCGUAAACAUAUCGUCAGCCAUGGGUUCAAUCAAUGAAUUGCCGAAUUGGCCGAAAUGGAUACGAAACAUACCCUACUGUACGAGUAAAGCGGCCCUCAAUAUGAUUACUAGACUACUGGCCCUCGAACUCAGCGCCGAUCAUAUACUGGUGACGGCCAUACAUCCGGGUCACGUGCGCACUGAUAUGGCCGGGCCCCGGGCUGAGAUGGAUCCAGAUGAAAGUGUUGACUGUAUAUUAAAAGUUAUAAGUAAUAUUACUGAGAACAACGCUGUGUUUUACUAUAUUAAACGGCACUGGAAUGAGGAAUUCAGACAGUUGUACGAUAUAUACGGUCCGGUAGUGACGGUAUGGGUCGGUCCCAAACCCGUUGUGAUCGUCGGUGACCCGCAUGUCGUUAAACAGGCAUUUUCGCGGCCAGAAUUCAUGAGACGUAUGGACAACAUGUUAGGAAACGAUGAGGUGUCGGAUGUGACCACUACUACAACAGUGAGUGCGUGCGGACAACAACCACACCCACAGCUACAGUCUGAGCUCGUUUUGGUGUCCGGCCGUACCCAACAGUCUGUGGCCCAUAUGUUAGACAUAGUAAUGGACUCUCAAAAUACUGAAGACAUGUUUUUUGCGCUACCGUUGGGCCUCUCGUCGGCCGGAAAUAACACUCGACGUGAGUCGUGUCGGGCGGACACCACCGACGACGAGGUGUCGGUCGAAUGGCGCGGGUUUGUUGUCCGGCGGGACAAUACGGACGCAGAGGGCUCACCAGUAGUUGACUACAUUUCGCGUCACAUUUACAGACCCAUUGGCCCGAAAGCCAGCGUAUGGUUCCUAUUCUCAUGU